AUGGCUGCCAAUUCUUCUCUAAGGAGCUCUUCCGUCUUAUUCCUCAUCAUUCUGAUUCUUUCACCGAUAUCAUCAUCUGGGUUUUCCACCCGUACAACGACACACUACUCAUUCUCAAUCAAAGAAGCGACAAUAAAAGAUAUAAAACUAGCUUUCCAGAGAAACCAACUCACUUCACGCCAACUUGUUGAGUUCUAUCUCGGAGAAAUCGUCAGACUCAAUGUGCUCCUUAAAGGGGUCAUUGAAGUGAACCCUGAUGCGUUGUAUCAAGCUGAUGCCGCAGACAAAGAGCGGAAGUACUAUAAUGGUUCACUGCCUGACUUGCACGGUAUUCCCAUUCUGCUCAAGGAUAACAUUGGUACUAAUGAUAAGCUGAACACCACGGCCGGUUCCUUUGCAUUGCUUGGCUCAGUCGUGCCAAGGGAUGCGGGGGUAGUGAUGAAAUUGAGAAAAGCUGGAGCAAUCAUUCUGGGUAAAGCUAGCUUGAGUGAGUGGUCUAUGUUUAGGUCGCUUACUGCACCCGCUGGCUUUAGUCCAAGAGGUGGGCAGGGUAAGAAUCCUUAUGUCUUGUCCGCAACUCCUUGUGGGUCAAGUAGUGGAUCAGCAAUUUCAGUGGCCGCAAACUUGAUAACUGCGUCCUUAGGGACGGAGACUGAUGGCUCUAUCUUAUGUCCUGCCAGUUUUAAUUCAGUAGUGGGCCUCAAACCUACAGUUGGUCUCACCAGCCGAGCUGGGGUCAUUCCAAUUACUCCAAGACAGGACACCAUUGGGCCUAUCUGCAGGACAGUGUCGGAUGCUGUUUAUGUUCUUGAUGCCAUUGUAGGCUUCGAUUCGAAUGACCAAGCAAAUAUGUGUUCAGCCUACAUUCCUCCUGGGGGCUAUAAACAGUUCCUUAAUAGCUAUGGGCUCAAAGGAAAGAGAUUGGGCAUAGUGAGAAAUCCAUUUCUCAAAAUUGAAGGAUUAGGUUUAGGUCAGACAUUUGAGACCCAUUUACAAACACUAAGGGGAGAAGGUGCUGUUUUGGUAGACAAUUUGCAAAUAGCCAACAUCGAUGUUAUACUGAAUUUCAACUCAAGUGGAGAAGCACUAGCAACCUUAGCUGUUAAAUUGUCCUUGAAUGCCUACCCAGAGUUGGUGGCUUCCCCAGUGCGAUCCUUGGCAGAUAUCAUUGCCUUCAACCUGAAAUUCCCCGAUUUGGAACUGACAGAUAAAAUAGGCCAAGAUAUCUUUCUGGCAGCCCAGGCCACAAAUGGGAUUGGCGCUCAGGAGAGGGCAGCAUUGUCAAACUUGGAAAAUCUGUCGAGAAAUGGAUUCGAGAAGUUGAUGAGCGACUACAAGCUGGAUGCAUUGGUGACUGCUGGGUCAGAUGUUUCUCCUAUCUAUGCAAUUGGAGGGUUCCCUGCAAUUAUUGUGCCUGCUGGAUAUGAUAGCCAGGGGGUUCCUAUUGGCCUUUCCUUUGGGGGACUGAAGGGCUCGGAGGCCAAGCUAAUUGAAAUCGCAUAUGGCUUUGAGCAAGCUACCAAGAUUAGGAAGCCUCCUUCAUUCAAACCUUGA